GAUAUUUGGCGCGCAGGCCGACGCUCGGGCGGUGCUUCAGCUGUCUUGUCUGUCUUGAUUUCCUCUUAAGAAUGAGUAAGAAGGAUUUGGAAGCGAUGGAGAAGAUAAAGCGGUACCUGGAGCAGCAGAACCGUCCCUACAGCGUCAACGACAUCUUCAUGAACCUACACAAGGAGGUGGGGAAGACGGCGGUCCAGAAGUGUCUGGACCAGCUGGUUGGUACUGGAUCAAUUAAAGAAAAAACAUAUGGAAAACAAAAGGUGUACGUAUUCGACCAGGAGCAGUUUCCUGCAUUGGAUGAAGAGAAGCUCAAAAAGAUGGACAAGCAGGUAGAAGAGCUCAACCAAACAAUCAAGGAAACUGAGAAAGAGUGUGCAGAGGUGGAGACCAAGCUGCGGAAUUUGAGCUCAAGUCUCACAACAGAUGAAGCUAAAAAGAAAAUUUCACAGCUAGAGGAAGAGGUUUCCAAACUUGAACAUAAGCUGUCUAGUCUGAAAGAGAAUCAGGUCCUUGUUUCCAAAGAAGAAAAAGACAAAAUCACUAAAGCGAGCGAGCAGAUGAUCAAACAGUGGCGGAAGAGGAGAAGAAUGGCGCUAGACAUACUAGACGCAAUCAUGGAAGGAUACCCCCACCCCAAGAUGCAGCUCUUUGAAGAGAUUGGAAUUGAAACUGAUGAAGACGUUGGAGUGGUGUUGCCAAAGUCUUAAAAGGUAAAAGUAAUACACUGCAGGUAAAUGUUUAAAAAUAUAUAAAUAUAUAUUAGUAUUUUUUUGUACAUUAUAAAACUGUGCCAUACAUGGCAUCCCAGAAAGACCAUAGAAUAUUUUCUUUUUGUAUUGUUUGUAUAUAUAUAUUCAGCCUUGGCACUCUUAAAUUUCUUUGGGUUUGUAACAUAAUUUUUUGCUCAUUUACCAAAGAUGUAAAAUUAUGUAUUUAAUUUGUUAAGUUGGGUUACAUCAGAAGAGAAUUAGUGAUCAUGUGGCAUGUGCAUGUUCACUCUCAUAUUUCCCACUUUCAUGGGAUAAGGUAGUGUUGUUUUGGAGAAACAGUUUGAGUAAUAAAGUAUAGUAAAAGAAGGUUGUAAAUUAUAUAUUAUUCUAUAGAUAUCUUAAAUUCUUGUCUUCAUUUUACUUCUCAAAGGCAAUGAAUUUUAUAUGAAAUGUACCAAUGUAUUUUUCAUUUUAUUUUACAUUGAAAUACUGUAUGUUGAUUGUAUCGCUUUUUGAUGUCCGGUGGCCCCAUUUUGCCGUUUUGUAUCACUAUGUUGAAGUAGGAAAGACAUUAGCCAAUUUUUAUGCUUUUAAAUGGUGUCAUGUAAUUGUGCCUAAUAAUGUUUGUCACUUGUCUUUGUUCAAUAGUAUUUGGUCUUACUAUGAAUUUUGAUUAAAUUUCAAACAAAUUUGA